AUGAGUGCAUUCAAUGAUGAUGGUAUACCGUUAAAUUUAACUACUGUUUUAACAUUAUUUUUAAUGCCUAAUUUAUUCCUUAUUAUACUUACAAUUUUUAGUGCAUAUCUUCUUCAUCUAUCAAAAACAAAUCCUUAUCUCAAUUAUUUACUUGGUAGAUUAGCUAAAUUUUUUACAAAAGGUGUUUUGGAUCGUAUCAUUAUAUGUAUCUCACAAGAUGUUCAAGCACGAAAAAAAGGACAUAACGAACAAAUUUACAUGACACGUGAAUCUUCAGUUGGUACAUCAAACGACUCUACUACUAUAGACAAAGUAUAUAGUACAUGUUCAUCUAAUUCAAUGCCUCGAAAAAGAUACGAUCCUAAUUAUUUACUACUUGUUCCAUUUCAAAUUGAUUUACUUCUUACUGUGUUUGUUUACAAAAUUCUAACACGUGAAGUUUAUCCAGAGACAUGUGCAACAUAUUUAACAACAUAUCACACUAGACCAAAUCAAGUUGUUUGCUGGCUUAAAAAUAUCAAUAAAAGUAUUUCUAAUUUAGCUAUAGAAAGAAAUCUUUCUGAUUAUUGUUUCAAUCAACUCCCUACAACUAUUAAUUAUGAACAUAAUGAUGUUAUAUGUACACAAUUUGUAUUUAAAUUACUCAAUAUUAUCGAUACUGUUACUAAUAUAUUUGCUUGGCAUCAAGCAAUUGUGUUUGUUGUUGUAAAAGCCAUUGUUUUCUCUCAUUGGUAUCAAAAAAAAGUGCGUCAAACAUGUUUUUGGUCUUCUCCUUUUACUUAUCAACGUCGUAUUAUAGUAUCUAUUAUAAUAUGUUUAAUGUUAUCUAUUUAUAUUUCAGUAUUUGUAUUUAUAUUUCCUAUUCGUUUUAUUCUAAAAGAACGACGACGUGUUGAUUUAACUCAUCAUCUUCUUUAUGCCAGCUCGAAAUUCGUUGUAGCUAUGAUUAUUCAUGUUAAUUUAUAUACAUUUUAUCAAUGGAAUUUAUUUAAGAAACAAAAAAAACAAAUAUUAAUACUUAAAAAAAACAAAAACAGUCCUAAUGAACAAUCUAAAUCAUCGAAUGUUUCAAAGAAAAAUGGUUAUCAUGCUUCUGCCAAUUGA